UCACAUUUUAUUAUCGUGUAUCCUUGAAAGUGAUUUUGCAAAAGGCUAAAGUUUGGUUGGAUUGAUUCACACUUUUCCUGACACCUGAAUAAGUUAACCUUUAAAUUGCAGUCGACGGUAAAAUUUACAGGUUGCCUUCAUCAACAGCCUGAAAUUCUACAGGCUCGUUCAAUUUUCAGCAAAAAUUUGCUAGAAACAUCAACUGCAUUCCUUUCGGCGUGGCAUUCUCAAAAGCCCUGUACAAAAUGGAAGUCCUCAAAUUUAUAUUUACCAAUUAUUGUAAACAAGGUCAAUAAUGGGGCAAUUUGAAUUCUUCUUGUUUAAAACACUAGUUUUAAGUGUGAAACAAAUUCAGGAAAAUAGGCUCGAAACACAAAAUUUUAUUAAUUCAAAGUCAAUUUUUCACAUUAGGCUGAGAAGACCAGAUGAUUCAAGCCCCAGAUGGCUAUGGAAUUUUCAUUGCUGUCAACUUUACAUAACUGUUAAAUUUCGACAGCUAUCAAAUUUACAUAACUGAAAUAACUGGAGUUUACCAACUUUAAAAGUCUAAACAAGACACUGACCUCAUCCUGGUUACAAAUCUCAUUUUACAAAGCACCUCACCUUUUUAAAUGCAGAAGCCAGCACUACUGUAAAUAUACCAUUGAUCCGUUAACAAAUAACCUCAGAAUUCAGAGAGUCGAUGUACUCCGCGGGUGGGAUUGGACAGAGUGUUUGCGAAACUCGAAGAGAUUUUUUGAAGUUUGGUGAAUGUGUGUUGAGACAGGGUGAGCGCUUUUGUUACAUAAACCGAAGAUUUCCGCGCGUUGGCCAGAUCGGCUAGUAAUCGUCAGCAUGCCGCUGGUCUUAUACCUGAGAGUGUUGUGGCUCAGCGUCAUUACCUGGGGGAACUGUGAGAGACUGUUUCAUCGUCGCGACCACUCGGACAUCUCAUCUUCAGAAUACCGGGCACGUCCCAUUCUGAGCCAAACUGCAGCUGAGAAAUAUCUGCAUAAAUAUGGAUGGACAGAACAAAUAAAGUGGGAGAACAUCCAACGCCAGAAAACUGAGAACUUUGCAGGUGAGCAUCGCGCUCCUAGAGAUUUGUUGGAUCUUAUCAGGGAAGGCUCCUCAGCUUCCAAACAAUGGCAACAACGUCAAGCUGAGUCCACGAAAAACUCUGCCUAUAUUGAAGCUUUAAAACAGUUCCAGAAGGCCAAUGGGAUCCCCGUGACUGGAGAGCUAAACAAAGCCACCCAGGAAGCUAUGAACAAACCGCGAUGUGGGGUCCCAGAUAGAGUUGUGUCUGAAGAUAGCUUGAUGGAUAAUGAGACACAAGAUAUUCUCAACCAAGCCACUGAUUUCGAUAAAACAACUGAUAACAAGAGUGGUACCAACAUGACCGUAACCUCAAAGGUUCGCAAGAAGCGUUUUUUAGAGUUACUGCUUUUUCCCAGUCAACAGAAGGUGCCUGUUCGCCCUGACUUGUUUAAUAGAGUACCAGAAAUGGCCUUUUCUAAAGCAAAACUUACUUGGCGCCUGAUGGGAGAAGGUUAUAGCCACCAGCUCUCCAUCGAAGACCAGAAACAUGUGUUGAGAAUGGCUUUUAGGAUGUGGAGUGAAGUUAUUCCUUUACAGUUUGAAGAGAACAACAACUCUCCCGCAUCAAUGGUUGACAUCAAGCUUGGUUUUGGGACAGGUCGACAUAUGGGCUGCACACGAACAUUUGAUGGCAACGGGCAGGAAUUUGCUCACGCUUGGCAAUUUGGUGACAUUCAUUUUGAUGAUGAUGACCAUUUUACAACACCAAAUAAUGCAAAUGGAAUUAGCCUGCUGAAGGUGGCUGUCCAUGAACUAGGACAUGUACUGGGUUUACCUCACAUCUACAGAACUGGCUCAGUGAUGCAGCCCAGCUACAUUCCACAAAAUUCAAUGUUUGAGCUGGAUUGGCUUGAUAGGAAAGCUAUUCAGCAACUCUAUGGUGUAUGCAGAAGUCCUUUCGACACAGUGUUUGACUGGAUUCAUAGGGAGAAGAAUGAAUAUGGGGAGACAAUAAUUCAAUUUAACACAUAUUUCUUCAGAAAUGACUUGUAUUGGCUUUAUGAAAAUCGUAACAAUCGAACACGCUAUGGAGAUCCAAUUGCACUCUCAGUUGGAUGGCGAGGAAUCCCAAGUAAUGACAUUGAUGCUUUUGUACAUAUAUGGACAUGGACAAGAGAUGCCAUCUAUUUCUUCAAAGGUACCCAAUUUUGGAGAUAUGACAAUGAAAAUGAUCAAACAUACACAGAGGAUGCAGAAGGAAAGAAAUAUCCCAAAGUAAUCUCUGAAGGUUUUCCAGGUGUUCAAGGUCCAAUUGAUACUGCUUUUUAUGAUAAAAGAAAUCAAAACAUAUAUUUCUUCAAAGGUCCAAAUGUGGUCACUUUCAAUGUGAAUACUAAUCAGAUUAAUGGAUAUCCAAAAAGAAUUAUAGAUGUAUUUCCACCAGUUGUACAGAAUGAUCAUCCCAUUGAAAACGUGAAUGCUGUGUACUACUCAUAUCACUACAAGUCCAUAUUUUUCUUCAAAAGCAAUUUCUUUUGGAAAGUGGUCAGUGACCGGGAUAAAAAGCAGAACCCAUUAUUGCCACUAAAUGGACUAAUGCCUAUGAAAAAUAUAUCAGAUCAGUGGUUUGAUAUUUGCGAUGUCCAUUAUUCAAUGCUGAAUAAGAGUUAAAAUUGCUUUAGAAGUUUUCACAAAUUGGAAAAUUGCAAAAACAAAAGUGGUUAACGAUUGUAUGACAAUGGCUAUUCUGGAUCCAACUGUGUAAUUAGCCUGCUUUUUAUACUUAAUGGUCCAAGACAUUAUCCCAGGCAAAGGCAAAAUCAAGUGACUAGAAAUUAAAAGUCAAAACCAUCUGUAGUAAAGUUUGUGCUAGGCUGUUGGUAAUUCCACAGAUGUAAAGAUUUUUAUGUUUGCGAAAUCACAAUGCAUUAAGGCUGACAUAUUUAUACCAUGAAAAUUGUAGACAAAUGUAGUCAAACAGUACUUAAUUUGUUUUCCAUAUACAUACUACAUACAAAUAUUUUUUUCUAAUUCAAACUAUAUGACAUCUUCAACACCUGUUCCAGGUACAUAUUUGCUUGGUAUCAAUGUACACAACCUUUGAUUGACAGACUACAUGAUGGAUUGUUUUCAUACUUUAUUAAUAUAUUUUAUUUAAAAAUGUCACAUUGUAUUAGCUUGUGUCUACUGGAGCAGGAAAAACACAUUCUUCCAACAAAAUGAAUUUCUGAACAAACUCUGCAGAGCCCUCAUAUAUAGUUACCUGUCCUUAUUGAACAGGAAAGGUGAAAAAUUAUAAAAGUUACAAAAAAUUCAGAUCUUGUAACACUUUUGCAGUAAACUGUAAAUAAUAUAAUCAACCUCUUCAUUUAACUUCCAACAUUUCUAAUAUGGCUUGUGUUAUCCCAUGAAAGCUAGUAGACUUUCACUUUUAUAAAACAAGAGCUGACAGAUUCUGAGAUGGAUUCAUAAACAGCUGUUUUCACUGAAUAGCAUUCUCUAAUUCAGCCCAAAACACACUGGAAACUUCAUAGAAAAACAAGGGAAUAAAAUCUGACCUAAACAAAAAAAACUAUCAGAUUGUUCAUUUAGUACUAGUUAUCACACAGACACACUAGUCGCAGAUUCUGCACAUGCUUCCAUAUUUUUCAUUCUUCACACUUCUUGAAUUGACAGUACAUGAAGUAAUCUGUAAACUGAACCCUGACUUUUUUUUAAAAAGUUGCAUUCCAAUUUACCUGGAGAACACUGCACACAUUUUUAAAAGUAUAUACACAAUUAUAGUUACAAAUUUUACAUAUUGUUAGCAAAAAUCCUGCAAUGCCACUAUGUAAUAUACAAACUGUACAUCGUGAAAAGCAGACAUUUAUUGAAUUUUCUUUAUUAAAAUGCAAUCUGCUUGUGUAACUGUAGAUAUUUACCCUUCUGAGUGCAUGUUACCAUCUGUAACACCUUUUCUUUCUCCCCCAAUCAUUUGUAACAGCA